AUGCCAGCCAGCCAGGCUGCAGGCAAAGUGAACUGCUGCAUCAAGGUCCUCAACGCUCUAGUGGAAACAUCCUGGGGCUGCGCGAAAGAGACUUUGGGGACCAAAUUAAAAGUGCUGGCCAAGCCCCAUCUUACUUACUUACCUAUAAAUCCUCUUAAUGUGGAGGCCUGUGCCCUACCGGUCGCCCCUCACAACGCACUUUUAUGCCAGCAGUUUUGGUGGACCUGCUCACAACCCGGCCUUCGUAAUAACUACUGUUGCCACGCUCCGGACCCCCACCGCAGUGUUUGCCUGUCUAUCAGAGUUUUCUACAAGGAAGCAGUCGUCUCAUGUCUCUGA